CUCUAAAUACAGGUUCUUGGUAGAAGAGAGAUAAGGCAGGAUACUUACCUAAGCUAUAAAAGCAGAGAGAUGUUGCCAGAAGUACAGAACCUUCAAUUCGACUUAUCUAUCGAAAAAUGUUGUUCUCGGCUGUUUUCCUGAUUAGCACGGUGUCUCUGGCAGUUGGUAUGACCACAACUGCUCAACAUGGUCACCACCAUUCACAUCACACGCACCUGCAUGGACACCAUACAAAACCUACCCAUGAACCAAGCAUCAAUGAAUAUUUUGUGUUCCACUAUGAUGCCAUGACGCACACAUUGGCCGUGAGAAACAAUCGUCAUUGUUACCUAUACAUGCUCACAGCUGAUCAACAAACAAGUGUACAUACCUCAACAGGACUCCAUGCCAUCGAGAAGUCUAUCAUUGAUAUGAUCGACACUAACAGUCCUACAGUCGCUGUAACAGCUCAGGAUCUCACCACCAUGAGUGCAGGACUUUCACAUUUCUGUAGACAUCUCCCUGCUUUGAAAUUGAAUUAAAAUUGUGUAUAUCAAAUACCUUUGCUGAUAAAAUUCUGUAUAUCAAA